AUGAAGCAGAAGUCUUUUCGAAACCUGCGUGAGUAUCUUACUCAACAAAACCCGACCGUUCAAUAUGAGGAUAGAGGUGGGACAGCCCCUGUUUCAACCGAUAAAACCAACUCCAAGUCCCAAAGAAAGAACUCCAAGUGGCCCACUCCUAAGGCGCUUGGACUGUGGACUGAAUUCCAAUGGGCGUCCUUAUCGGCAACCAUGGAUCGAAGGCUGCAACAGGCGCUCGAGAGAGACAUGGAAGACCUACAUGACUUCUCCUAUAUCCAACCACCGUUUCUCACGUUUCGUGACGAGAAUGCACUUGAAUCUAUCUUCAUCAAAUUCCACCAAUCUAUCGUCAUCGAAGCCCUUGAUAAAACCCCUAAUGACUUGAUCGGUCAUCGUGUGAGGAUGGUGCGUGGAGGCCAAGCAAGACGCCUCUAUGAAGAUGAGAGUCCUUGGCCGCAUACGCCAGACUGGGCAGGAGUAUGUCUGAAGCAAGAUGAUUCCAACAUCUUACCCGGCGAAUCCAAGCAUAACUGGGGGUUUCGCGAAAUCUCUGACGUAUUGUCCUUGCGAAAUCACGCAGUGACGCUCAACGAAGGCCAUAAAAAGGACAGUCGACUCAGCCCUAUAAGCCAGAUCAUGUGGUACUGUGCCCUAGCACAUGCACGCUAUGGGUACAUAAUCUCGAAUUCGGAUCUGAUAGUUAUCAGAGUCGACUUUAGCGAGAUGAAGAACUUGAAGGCUAAAACUGAUGAGCUGCGACAGUCGAUCUUAGACACUGGGAAGGUCCAAUUACAGGCGAUACCAUGGAAAGAAAGCGGAGUAAACACUAAUGGUGAUCCGAAAAUGACCAUCCUUUUGGCACUUUGGUCACUUCACAUCAUGGCAGCAAAUGAAGGUCGACUAGCACGUACCAAAUACUGCAACUUGAAAAAGGAAAAGUACGUAAGUCCGGAUGAGCAAGUAAUCUCCGAGAAAGAGAUGUCUAGUUUUGAUUCUUCGCUUCAGGGCCUGUCUCAAGAUUCUCAACGGCACAGUCAAGGAUUACUUAUGUCUCAAGUCUCAAAUGCAUCACACGAGGGUGCAAAGAUGCCAAAACCGAGGACAUCGAGGACCAGUAUGAAGGCCGAGAAACGCACGCAAGAGGAUACUGCAGUGUCAGGGCUAUCUGGAUCAGGUGAAAGGGCUACGAAGAAGCCAAAGAAGAAAUAG